ACCUUGGUGAACGACCCAGCACAGCCCGUGGGAGCAGUAGGCAGAAUGCUGGUGCCAGAUUGGGGGGGGGGGGGAAGGCCACAUUUUGAAGAGUUUUGUGUGUUUUCAUGCUUGAUUUAACAUUGAGGAAAUCUCCCAGACUCCAUCCUGAAUGAACUAGUUGAAGACAUUUCUCCUCAUCUCUUCCCUAAGUAGCUGGCUAGUGGCGUGGUGGCAUCAGCACUGGACUUCAAGCACAGAGUCGACCAGGGGCAACCUGACACAAGCCACAGGCAGACGGAGUGUCACAGUUGGGAGUACACAGGUGCAAUGGCGGAGACUUCAAGUAAAACUGGAGGGGCUGGACUGUUUGCCAAACAUGUGCAGAAGAGGUUCAUGAGAGCCCAAGAAAUGGUCCUCCAGAAAAUUGGCAAAACCGUGGAAACAAAAGAUGAACAAUUUGAGCAGUGCGCAAACAGCUUCAACAAACAACAGGCUGAUGGCAACAGACUCCACAAAGACCUGAGAGCAUACCUGAAUGCUGUGAAAGUGCUGCGUGAGACUUCCAAGAAACUGUCACUGACACUGCAGGAUGUGUAUGAGCCUGAUUGGGAUGGCAAGGAGGAUCUACAGCCCAUUAUAGAGAACAACGACCUACUGUGGGCAGACUACGAGGAGAAGCUGUCUGACCAAGCCAUGCGGACACUGGAGACAUACCUGAGCCAGUUCCCAGUGUUUAAGAAGCGCAUCGCUAAACGUGGCCGCAAACUGGUGGACUACGACAUCUGCCGCCAUCACCUGGAAUCGCUGCAGAACGCCAAGAAGAAAGAUGAAGCAAAGAUCAGCAAGGCCGAAGAAGAAUUUAUUAACGCCCAGAAUGAGUUUGAAGAAUUAAAUGCUCAGCUUCGCGAGGAGCUGCCUGAACUGUGGAACAGCCGUGUUGGAUGCUAUGUGACCAUAUUUCAGAACAUGUCCAACUUGCGGGAUAUUUUCUACCAGGAGAUGAGCAAGCUGAACCAGGAUCUGUACUCGGUGAUGACAAAGGUGGAAAAACAGCACAGUACCAAAGUGUUCAUUGUCAAGGGCGUUGCCAGCAACCGUCGUUCGCUGGUCAUCUCCUCGCCAGUCAACUUUCAACGACUUUCAACAUCUUCAGAGAGCAGCCUUGAUCACUCAUCAGUGGGCACUGGUGUCUCGAAAGAUGAAAUCCCUCCUGCUUCAGCACCAACCCCCACUGACGUGCCUCCUUCUCCGACUAAAAAACCCAAGGAGGGACUCCUUGAAGACUUUCAAUCACCUGUCAAAGCUCCAACGCUUCCCCCUUGCUCAGAAGAAUCAGUGGAUGAUGAAACAACUGCUUCUCCUCAAGAUGCUUCAUCCUCAGUAAGUUUUCAGCAACCCGGGAUGUUAAGCUCUUCUGAAGAUUCGAGGCCGGAGACUUCGGAUAAAUCAGUGGAUGACUCCCACUCCGAAAUGCAGAGAGCUGAGCUCGGCCCUGAAGGGUCUACAGAGACUGAGGUGUCUACUGACAAUCAUUGCAGUGCCUCGCCUUCUCUCCAGACAUCAUCCACCACCCCUGUAGUGGCCGAUGAGGAAGCCACCCCAGCCUUUGAGGGCAUAGCUCCAUCUCUUCCUACUCCGGCAUCACCUGCUGGUGAAACGUUGAACUCUACACAUUCUGAAGCCUCAGAAAGUCAGCCUGAAAGUCCGCAGCCUGCUGAAGGUUUAGCUUCAUCUGACGAUCAACAAACUCAAGAGGUGACUGUGGAAUCAUGCCCUCAGGUGCUUGAAACCCUGGCACCUGAAGCUGAAGGACCAGGUUCCCCUGAAGCCUCGGCUUCCUCAGAAGAGCAAGCCUCUGAUGAGGGAAUUUCUCUGGCCAGCCCUGCAUCUUCUACGGCCUCAGCAUCCGAAGACGUGGUCCAGGCUUCUUCUGAAGCCUUAACUUCUCCUGAGUCUUGUACAGCCGGUGAGGUACCCUUUCCAAUGAGCCAUGCAGCAACUGAAGAGCCACAAGCGAAGGCAGAAGUUUCUUCUGAUGAUGGACCUCCUGCUGCCCUCGCUCCCCUGCAACUCCUGGAGGAUGUUCCACAGACUAGUGAACCAACCAUUGCUGCUUCUUCACUGUCCCGGGCCAAGGCUCCCAUGACCACUGGUAAGCACGUGGUGGAAGACAGCGGGAAGGAGGCUAAUGAGGGUAAUGAUCUCGCCCGGCCUUCCUCGGACAGUGAGAGGUCACCGUCAGACAGGAGCCAAGACCCCGAGGGUUCACCCUGUGGAGAGCUGCCAGCUGGAUUCAUGUACAAGGUACCAGACUGA